CGGAAGUUUAGGAGAGAGAGCACACGAUCGGCUGUUUGGCUCCUUGUGCAGCCAAACAUAUGACAUUGCUCACUGCCAAAUUCGGCCAGCAUCGCUUCCAAACCUGCGCGUUUAUCGCCAGAGUAUUUUGAGGCUGCGUCGGCCCAUACCUCGAUAUCUUGCUCGAAAUGGCACCCCCACGACGUUCCUUUGGCCCAGACGAGUCUGCCUUGGACGACAGUCCUGACGGCCCCGAGCCAACUACCAGUCGCAUUCAGCGCUUUGUGGGUCGAAUGUCCUUUGGAAGCGUUAGUCGACACCGCGGCAGCUUUGUGUCUCGCUGGAGAAAUCAGAACGAUAACGCGGACGGCGAAGGGGACAAUGCAGUCGAUACACCUGGUACCGAACGACCUCCCAUACCUGUUGUGAUGCAGGCAGCAGAACCCUACGCCACACCUCUGCCAAUCUUAUCCAUGAUUGUGCUUUCGAUCACUAUGCUUGGCGAAUUUCUUUCUGCGAAUGUUUCCACUCCCUUCGUGCUGUUCAUGGUCAAAGGCGCGUCGUCAUUACCCUCGUCAUUGAGCAAGCCUGACGUAGAGUAGGCUUUCGUGAUUGGAAAGACGAUGCUGAGAUUGCGUUCUGGACGGGGAUCCUUGUAUCGACGUUCUUCCUUACCCAAUUCCUAACUGCGAUCCUUUGGGCCACUGUGGCGGAAAAACAUGGUCGCCGCUUUGUCUUGGUGGUUUCACUCCUGGGGAGCGCGCUGACAUGUGCCGCAUUUGGCACUUCGACAUCGCUUGAGGAGGCGAUUUGCAUUCGUCUCCUGCAGGGUGUGUUUGCCGGGGCAGUCGGUGUCGCGCGUGGCUCAGUCGCGUUCAUCACCGAUGCAUCCAAUGAAGGCAGAGCAUAUGCUAUUUUGGGCUUCUGCUGGGGCCUCGGUGGUGUUGCCGGUGCUAUCGUUGGUGGAGCUUUCGAACGUCCGGCCGUGAAAUGGUCUGGUGUGUUUGAAAACACGCUCUUUGACCGAUAUCCGUAUCUUCUGGCAUGUGGAGUGGCUUCAUCGGUGACCCUGCUCGGGUCCAUUUUGGGAUGUUUCCUUGGACCUGACGGAGGACCAAGAGAAGGAGCCAUUCGUUUGAUCGAAAAGUCGGAUCAACACCCGACGAUCCCAGAAGAAGAAGAAUCCAGGCCUCCAACUCCUGUUUUCGAUGAUGAGGAGCGCCAGUCCACGCUCGGAAGGAGGAUGUCGAAGAAACUCUCUAGUUACUUUGCGCGCCAAGCAACUGAACGGGACCCGCUUCUUACUCCUGGUGCUGAGUCUAGUCAGCCAGCAGUAAGACUCGAUCGCACGCGCACGUUCUCAAGCUCUAGACCCAGUCGAGCAAACGGCUCUGCCUACGGGUACGCUGGAAGCUACCGGAGCCGACUUGCGAGCAGUGUGGUGAACAAUCGCCGUGGGAGUAAUGCCAGCACGAUGCGGCGGCGACACAUGAGUCUGGCUGACUCACAACAGCGGGAUUCGAUGGCAUCAUCGACCGAUCUGAACUUCGCGCAACGGCUUCUAAUUGCUAACGAGAAUGCGGUGACCAAUAUCGCCGAUCUCUGGGUCGCUGCUGCAAUGAAUGUGGAUAAUGAAGAUGUCUUCGAGGACAGCGACACCGAGCUCGGCGAAAACGAUGAAGAAGAAGAAGCUGAAGACCGGCCCUCGCGUUCUGUGCUCGUCUCUCCCAUCGGUGGCCGUCCCUCUACUAGUCGUCGCCUUUCUGCUGGUCGUCGUCCCUCUGCCGGUCCAGUUGGUCGAUUCGAGUCUCCUCGACGGCCAUCGACUGUCCGCCGGCCCUCUUUCUCUCAAACCCUCGAAGGAGCCCGGCGCCUCUCAGCUGUGCCGAGCAUCUUCGCUCAUCCUGGUGUCAAAACGCCGCCCGCGGUGCUGGAUGCCCAGAUGCUACUUUCACGUGACCCUGAGCCACCGUCGGCCGGCCCCGACCUGUUGGAGCCAAUCAUUGAAUCACGUCGUGUCUCGCUGCACGAUGCUGAAGGCCAGAUUGAAGUUAUUGAACCGCAACCGUCAAUGAUGUCACAGCUUCCUGUGCUAGUGAUCAUACAGUAUGGGAUGCUUGCACUGCAUACCACGACACACGACCAGAUCUUUCUGUCAUACCUGGUCUCGGACGUUAACGCGGGGGGGCUCAAUCUAGAAGCCAGCCACUUUGCCCAACUGAUUGCGCUGAUGUGCCUGGCCCAAAUUGCAUACCAGUUCUACCUAUAUCCAAAUAUCGGUCCACCCCGUGGCCGGUUCUCACAUCUAGCCAUGUUCCGCAUCGGCUCCGUGCUGUUUAUUCCAGCUUAUCUGGCUGUCAUUCUCCUCCACCCGUUUGCUACCGAUUCAGAAGGCGAAAACUUCUCGGUCAUGAGUGGGCUUGCUGUUAUCACGGCUGUGCGAUACUCUGGUGGAACUUUCUGUUACACCUCAAUCUCCAUCUUGCUGAACUACAUGACGCCGCCGCCUGCUAUCGGUCUGGCGAAUGGCAUGGCUCAGAGCAUUGUCAGUCUAGCCCGUUGUUUCGGUCCCGUUUUGGGUGGCUAUCUUUGGUCAGUCAGCGUGCAGGACAAUCCGUCAGGGUAUCCCCUGGGCUUUGUCAUCUGCGGCGCCGCCUGUCUCUUCUCCGUGCUCCACAGUUUCAUGAUACGAUGAGCGGCGAGCUGUUUUUCAUUGCAUACACGAUACCAACUUGCUUAGAACAUUAUUUAUAUCAACAUAUACAGAUUUCAUAGCUUGUAAUAGACAUCUCUCAAGACCAAUGGUAUUAUGAUCAGGAAUGAAUAGGCCCGUAUUCACAAAAACAAUAUUCAAUCGCAAGAAAUUAUCCGCGGACAGCGUUCAGCAACGGAUCAUUGUCAGGAUCUGUAAAAAUCAGCAAGGAUUUGCCGCCUGGUAACUGGAGAACGGACCGCGGACGAGACUGUAGGGCUGUCCGUUCACAUCACAGAAUGCGACGCCUCUGAACUUCCACCGUUGCGCCCACUUGAGAAGCCACGCCGGCUCGUCGACCAGAGUAGCCAGCAUCCCGAUAUUCCGCACCCUGACUUGCUCGAGGCGGGGGAGUUUGGUGGUAUCUAUGGAGAGCAGAACAUGGUCAAGCGGCUGAAAGCUGCGUGAGUUGCGGCCCGGUCAGCGCACACAAAAGUGCACACCAGAAGAACGGCGCGCUGGAAUAUCCUUGGAGGGACCGCGCUCGGCUUAUCCUCGAAUGGCGAAAUGCAGAUGCGGCGAAGCGACGGGUGCGAUUUCGGCAACAUGACAUAUUCUGAGCUCUGGGUCAGAAUGAGGUUGUCUAGAUUGGGCAUCAACGGCAGCGUCAUCGGCAGAGUGGGGGGAAAGUUCCAGUUGGUCGUGCGGAAAGUCUUGAUUUUGUGUCCGUGCACCCGGAAGAAGCCAUGGCGAGACGGAAAUAUCUCGAUUUCGAAACGCUGCAGCGCGGGCAGCAUGCCGGGUCUCGCAGCCAAAUAGUCGAGCAGUGGAUCCCAGGACAGAGGAAGCGCGAUCAGUGCUUCUGACGGAUCGGGUAUGAGCCCGAGAUAGAGUGUCUGCAGACUGGGCAGUUCGAGCGCGACGUCUACAUGACCAGGAUUGUCGUAGGAGAAGAUCCAGGUCAGUCGAAGAGUGACCAGGUUGGGUGUGCGCAAGAGAAGGUUGGCUAGGUCCAACCACGUGGGCGCUUCUCCGACAUGCGACCACUCUAUGCGCCGCAGGGACGAGCCGCAGUACUUGGCUAAAGCCUCCAGAACAGCCGAGGGCGUCUGCGUUUCUGGGGCAUAGUCGCUGCCAUUCUUGUUCACGUAUAUCAUCAGAUUGGGAGUCCGCCUCAGUAGCCGCGGGAUAAGGUCGAGCGUAGCAGGGCUGGAAAGAGGCUCUUUGAUUUCAAAGUCCACGCGCUGGACCCAGAUGCCGACACGGGGCGAGCCGUCCGACGGUGUUUCCUCCAGUCGAGAGAGUAUCGCACGCAGUUGGGGGAUAGACCGGAUGAUGAGGUAUUCGGGUAUGAUUUGGGACGCGAGAGCGUUCCAUUGGCGACACACCAGCGUGACUGUCCGGCGAUCCUGCCUCAUGUCCGGAUCCACAACCUCCAGCGAUUCAGUCGCGUAAGGUGGCUCGAAGAGGUCUUCCAGAUGGAUGGACUUGCGCCCAUUCUGCCGGAUAAGAAAACCCAGUACGGAGUUCCAUAUUUCUGGCGGCAGGGUCUGGUGGUGCCUCGCCGGUCUGUCUUCAGCGUCAGUCAUGAUGGGCGAUUCGCCGCGAUCGGUGCUGUGGUGAUUCCAUUUCCAGAACGCGCCCGUAGAGCCUCUGAUGUAUCUGAGGAGCUCCAGUGUAAAACAAGAGAUAUGGCGGAUGAGCGGCGCGAGAUGCAGAUGCCGAACGCGAGACGAGGGAUGGAAAGCGGAGAGAGAA